AAAUCUCCUUCAUGACGAGAUAAAAAUCCAAAAUGUUGUUUUACUCUUUCUUCAAAUCUUUAGUUGGUAAAGAUGUUGUUGUGGAACUAAAGAAUGAUUUGAGCAUAUGUGGUACAUUACAUUCAGUCGAUCAGUUCCUGAAUAUUAAAUUAACAGACAUACAGGUGACAGAUCCAGAUAAAUAUCCACAUAUGUUAUCAGUGAAGAAUUGUUUUAUUAGAGGUUCAGUAGUUAGAUAUGUACAGUUACCUGCAGACGAAUGUGAUACACAACUGUUACAAGAUGCAGCAAGAAAAGAGGCAGCUCAGAAUAGACAGAGAUGAAUAAACAAUUGUAUUUAUUGGUGCAAUAACUAUGUAACAUUGUUUUAAUGAGAUGGCAUUAACAGGAGCAAUUCUAUCAGAAGGCCUGUAACAGAGUUCUGAAACCUCAGGAACUUUUGUGAAUAAUUUUUUUACGGAGCUGUA